UAGAGUUCUAUUAUAUAUUUGGUGAAAGGAAAUUAAGAGAGACACAGAGGCCUGUGACCACACAUGGAGCAAAGGCAUUUUGUUCUGGUUCAUGGAGCUUGUCAUGGAGCAUGGUGUUGGUACAAGAUCCAGCCCUUGCUCGAGGCAGCCGGCCACCGUGUAACGGUGUUGGACAUGGCAGGAGCUGGGGUCCACAGAAAGGCAAUCCAGGAGGUUAAGUCGCUUGAAGAGUAUUCAGAACCAUUGUUGAAGACCAUGGCUUGUGUUGGUCCAAAUGAAAAGGUGAUAUUGGUUGGCCAUAGCUUUGGUGGCAUGAGCUUGGCUUUGGCCAUGGAGAAAUUCCCUCACAACAUUUCAGCUUCUGUUUUCUUAACAGCCCUUGCUCCUGAUACUCACCACCAUCCUUCCUAUGUCUCAGAACAGUUUCUAGAGAGCCUUCCCAAAGAAUUUUGGAUGGACACCCAAUCUUGUGGUUAUGAAAACAGAGUUGAUGAUGAAGCUUCUUCAAGUUAUUUUUUAUUUGGUCCCAAAUGCAUGGCCAACUUCAUCUAUCAUCUCUCCCCUUCUGAGGAUCUAGCUUUAGGGAAGAGUUUGGUGAGACCAGGGUCAUUACUCGUGGAAGAGUUGGCAAAAGCAGAGAAAUUUACCGAGGAAAAUUAUGGAUCAGUUAAAAAAGUGUAUGUGAUUUGCGGUGAAGACAAGACAAUCCCAAAGCACUUCCAGAAAUGGAUGAUUCAAAAUUAUGGGAUUCAAAAUGUAAUGGAAAUUGAAGGAGCUGAUCAUAUGCCUAUGUUUUCAAAGCCACUGCAAGUUCUCCAAUGCCUUCUUCAGGUAGCUCAUAACUUUACUUAAAUGCGAGCUCCCUUUUGUAAUAAUAAAAGCCUACGGCUGAAUCACUUCUAGACUAUCUUUUUUUUUUUUUAAGUUGAAUGCUUGAUCUAUCUUUUUUUCUUUUAAUUCAAAGUGUGGGUUUGCAAGAACUGAUUAAAAAAGAGGGGAGAUUUUGAGGGGAAAAUUAUUAUGUGUUUGGUUUGGUAUGAUGUUAAAAAAGGGAGUGUUUAGUUUUUCUUUUUUAAUUGUUCAUUGAUCAAUAAAAGUGCUUUUAGGUUGUAAAA